AUGCGGUUGAUCAAUGGAAAUGUAGAAAACAAACUACGUAAAGUAGAUUCAGUUCACAGCAAAAAGCUCUUACACUUGGGAAUUGAUAUAAAGAAAAAAGUGGACAAAAAUAAAGUAAUAUUUAACUUCUCUAACAUAAUUUUAACUGAAGAGCAAAAGGACGUACUUUCCUAUGGCUUAGAUUAUUGUAUACCCCAAACUAAACUGGCUUUUCAUAAAUUUUACCUAUACUUUGAAAAACUGUGUAGUACCAUAAAGAACUGUGACAUCUACAACAACAACUUCAAUAAUGUUGCUAACAACAUUACAACUAUAGCCAACAAUACUUUUAUAAAAUUCUCACACCAAAGAAAACAAACACGUGAUUCAGAUGCUUUCUUGUCACCUCUACAUACCCUUAAAAAUGAUAACUCAAUAGUAAUAACCAAACCUGACAAGGGAAGAGGAGUUGUUAUUGUAAACAAGUGUGAUUAUAAACAAAAACUAAUGGAUAUUCUUAAUGACCAAACAAAAUUCAAACGAAUCUCGACUGAAAUAUCCACUCAUCUUCUUUACUUGGAAGACAAAUUAAACAGACUGCUUCGUACCAUCAAAUCAUCCAUCAGUUUAAAUACCUAUAACUCCCUCUUAUCAUCUGGUUCCAGACCUGGUGUACUUUAUGGACUUCCCAAGGUUCAUAAACCAAAUAUUCCACUAAGACCUAUUAUUUCCUCGAUUGGCACUUUUAAUUAUAAUGCUGCUAAAUUUCUUGUCCCUGUCAUCUCUCCCUUAACAACCAAUCACUAUACCAUUGAUAAUUCCACAGCUUUUGCUAAAGAAAUCACAUCACUAAACUACCAAAACCCCGUCACAAUGGCGAGUUUUGAUGUGGAAUCAUUGUUCACCAACGUGCCUCUACAUGAGACCACGGAACUAAUAGUUAACAACCUGAACAUUUCUCAUCUUGAUAAAUUUGGAUUAGAUAAAGUUCACUUCAGAAAAUUACUUGAAAUUACAGCCCAUCAUUCAGUGUUUUGUUUUGAUGAUUGCUUGUAUACGCAAACAGACGGCGUAGCCAUGGGCUCUCCACUCGGCCCGUCCUAUGCUAAUGCGUUUCUGUGUCAUCACGAACAAGACUGGCUAGAACAAUGCCCGCUUGAAUUUAAACCUCUACAUUAUCGUCGGUACAUUGACGAUACUUUUCUGCUCUUCAAACAUCCCUCACAUGUUAAUCUCUUCUUAGAUUAUCUAAAUUCCAAACACCCCAGCAUCAAAUUUACCUGUGAAAUACAAAAGGACAACCAAUUACCCUUUUUAGAUACUAUAGUCACCAAUAACAACGGUAACUUCCAUACAAGUAUCUACCGUAAACCAACUUUCACUGGCCUUGGACUACACUUCCUCAGUUUUACCCCAUAUAUUUAUAAGAUAAACAGUGUUAAAACUCUUAUAACAAGGGCCUAUAAUGUAUGUAGCAACUGGGCCGCCUUUCAUAUUGAAAUGUCAUUUUUGAAAAACUUCUUUUUAACAAAUGGGUACCCAUUAUAUAUUUUUGAUAAAAUAACCAAAACUUUUUUAUGCAAAAAAUUCACUGAUCACCAAACUGUCUUUACUGUUAAACGAGACCACAAGUAUGUCAAACUACCUUAUAUGGGUGAUUUAAGCUGUGAGAUAAGGAAACAACUAAAAGUCCUCUUACAAAAUAAUUACCCCCAGAUCAAGUUUACUUUUGUCUUCAGUAAUACUAACACAAUAGCGAAAUUCUUAAAACAACCUUUUAACUACAGUUCUGAUUUGUGUUCGAAUGUGGUUUAUCUAUUUACCUGUCCUAGCUGCCAAGCUAGGUACGUGGGGUCGACAUCACGAUGGCUCCGUCACCGCAUCUCCGAGCACAAAGGCAAAUCGUUCAGAACUGGUCUACCGCUGAGUAAACCAUCUUUCUCGGCAAUAAGAGAACAUUCGCUUCAACACUCACAUCCCUUUUCUAACACUGAUUUCAGUAUUUUGUCCUCCCACUCCUCACGGCAAGACCUCAUCACCUCAGAAUCCUUGCUAAUUAAAAAGAUGAAACCGGAGUUGAACAACAUAACGACAGCAACUCCCUUGUUUACACACUGACUGCCCAUCACCAUAAAUCACCUAUUCUUGCAUUGACAAUGAAGGACUGUUGAAGCCUUCGAAACGUUUGCUAAUAAACAUGCGAUUCUUCACGGCCGUAUUGAUCCACCUCUUCUUGCUUACGAUUCGACGAAUUAUCGGAAUACCUAUUA